GUCACCUGGCAGCCCUGAUGCUUUUCCACUGAGCUGAAGGCAGCACUGUGACAUGGCAGCAGAUCUCCAGCUACUCUCCCCCACGAUGAAUCAAGGCCUACAACCAGCGUCUAACCUUGAGCAAAGCCUGGACCUCUUAGUUCAGCUAUGACGCUGGAGGCUGAUGUUGGUUUACUAGUUGAAACCGAUUCUACUGAUGAAGCUACUGACCGUUCAGGAUGGAUUGGCAGCCCGUGUUACUGACGCUGGUCUUUCUGAGUGGCUGGUGUCUCCUUCCUGUCGCUGUGGCCUUAGAUGAACGCCCAGAUAUUGGACACGAUGAGGAGACGCCCCCCAACGCCCUCACCGAAACAAACGCAGAUGAUCUGGGCGUGGACGUCCGGACAAGAAGGGAUGAAUCGGAAAUGCACAUGGAAACAAACUGGGACGUACCAGACAUGGACAAGGACAACUAUGAGGACGCCGACUGGCAUCCUCGCACAUCGUUCCUGGAAACACACUCUGACCUGACCCCCGACGCCCCGCUGGUGAUACGUAAUGACAACACCGACGACGACGAUGGCGGCCACCAGGCGUCCAACCGGACCGCUGGAGGGUCUCAGUGCGGAGAGUACAGCGGCCAGCUGACGGCUAACGGUCAGUGCAGGCUCACAGCGACGCUACCGCCCGUGGGAACGGCCCAGAAACGCUGCCCGGACAUGUUCCGCUGCACGGACGACGUUUCCUUCUGGCUUCACGAGAACCGCAACAGGAACGAGCAGCUGGAGGAGCUGAAGGAGACGAUGUCGGACCUGCAGGAGGAGCUGAGGAACCACCGGCAUCGGGUCAAGAGCCUGGAGAUGCAGGGCGACGGAGGCGUUGGUUUGAACUCGAGCUCGGAGCAGAGGCUGCGCUCUCUGGAGCUUCGUCACUCGGAGGCCGACACGCUGCUGCACGUCCACGCCGCCCUGCUGUACGAGCUGCAGGCUCAGCUCCACAACCUGUCGGCCACCGUGCAGAGCAUGAGCCAUGACGUGGGCUGCACCGUCAGCGUGGUCAGGACCAGGCCGCCGCUCAGCAUGAGGGACACCCUGCCUCCGGAUGGGAAGUUGUCCUUCUGUCCAUCAGACUGUGCGUCUCUGUAUCACAACGGUGUGCGUCGCUCUGGAGUUUACACCAUCGUCCUGUCUCCAGGCGUCUCCCUGCCGGUCUACUGCGACAUGGACACCGAGGGUGGAGGCUGGACCGUGUUCCAGCGGCGACGCGACGGUUUGGUGAAUUUCAACCGCGGCUGGUCCGAGUACCGCGACGGUUUCGGAGAACCACGAGGGGAACACUGGCUGGGGAACCAGUAUCUCCACCUGCUGACCAACCAGGGCCACUGCAGCCUCCGCAUAGACCUGCAGGACUGGAGCCACGUCCACGGACACGCCCUGUACCACAGCUUCAGGAUAGAUGAUGAGGAGAACCACUUCCGUCUCCAUGUGUCCGGCUUCAGUGGGACGGUGGAGGACUCCUUCGGGUGGUACCACGACCUCCAGGCCUUCAGUACCCCGGACACAGGAAACAUCUGUGCCGAGAUCAGCCACGCCGGCUGGUGGUUCCACCAGUGCUUCUACUCCAACCUCAACGGGGUCUACUACAAGGGGGGGCGCUACUCCCUGAAAGCUCAGAACCUGCUGGGUCCGGACGGCAUCGUGUGGUUCACCUGGAAGGACUCGGACUUCUACUCCCUGAAGUCCGUCACCAUGAUGAUACGACCACGAAGCUUCAGGCCACGACACUCGCCCUAGUGACGUCACAGAGCUGAGUGCAUUAAUCCGCCGCGGAAAAUAGUCCCCGCCUCCAGAAACCAGCUGAUGUAAGAAAUAAACAGAUGUUUUUGAGCCAUUUACACAAAUUUCUGGACUCAUUCUAGAAAAUAUCGAUUUUAAUAACUAAAUUUAAUUAUUGUUAGAAUAUUUAUUUUGCAUUCUGCUUAUUAUUUGCUACAACUGUGUAAUAGUC